AUGUUCCUAAGCACCUUGGCUGGGGUAGAGGAGUGGAAGGUGGUGGCUUGGGGAGGGAAAGCACUGAGGGCAUUAAGGGUUGGAAGAUCCGAUCUCAGAGUCGGACUUCUCUUUCUUUGUCUCCCCCAGGAGCAUUCCAUCAAAGUGCUGGAGCUGAUCUCCACCGUGUGGGAUUCUGAGCUGCACAUAGCAGGCUUGAGGCUACUCAACGGAUUGCCUCUGCCUGACUUUGCUCACCCACAGCUCCGUCGGGUAAUGCCUUCCCUCAUGGAGAUCUUGCAGACAGACAGCAUCCUGGCCCAGGUCCAAGCAGUUCGACUCCUGAGUCAUCUGGCCCAGAAAAACGACCUAUUAUAUGACAUCCUCAAUUGCCAGGUACAUUGUAAUUUCCUGAACCUGCUUCUGUCCACGCAACCUGGGAGCCUGCUGUUUGAGGUGCUAGUGUUUGCAGAGCGACUGAGUGAGGGUCGGAGUUGUCCCCAUUACCGAGCAGUGAACUGGCAGUACAAUGAGCAAUCUUUGCACGAAGCGCUCUUUGGGGAUGAGUCCCGCCUGGCUGACCGGCUGCUGGCUCUGGUCAUUCAUCCGGAGGAGGAGGUUCAGAUUCAGGCCUGCAAGGUCAUUGUCAGCCUGCAGUGCCCUCAGGACUUUGGCACCCGGCCCUCUUCCUGCCAUACAACCAAUUCCUACUUUAAUGAAGGGGAUGCCAGUUAAGGGAAAACCAAUAAAUGUCAUAUGGGAGAGAAAGAGAAAAAAAAAACAACAACAAAGAAAGUGGGGUGGGGAUACUUGAGAAGAGGCAGCAUUUGUUCCAAAUCAGAGCUCCAAAGGGCCUCCAGAAGUCAUCUUGGUUGACCCCAGUCCCCAGGGAAGAACAACAUAUGUGUCAUCCUCCUGAACGUUUUCCUCAUUAGCACGAAAUACAAAGAGCACUAGAUUUGGAGUCAAAGGACCUUGGUUCAAAUGUCGGCCCUCCCCCUGAUGUUUGGGUGAUCAUAGACCUGAGUAUGGUACAGAGAACAUGGGUUCCAGUCCCAGAUGUAUCACUAUGUGUGUGACCGUGGGCAAGUCACAUCAUCUCAUCUGUUGGUCAAAAAUGGCCUUUCAGGUGGUUUCUAAGUAAGUCUACAAUCUUGAUAUUUUCUCCAUGAAAAACUAGAAACUGCAGUGGGUCCCAAGUCACUCAGAAAUUCAAAGACAAGAAUUCAUCUCCUCCCUCUAUCCCCUCCCCCAGCUCCCAGAUACACCCUUUUGGUCAAAUUA